GUGUAGCGGCCACUCUGACUCACUUGGCCGCACAGAGGCCGACAGACCUCCGCUGUGUAUGCGGGUACAACUCCUCUCAUAUGAGCAGAACUUUGAACCGAAGCAACUGAGGGAUUAUUACUGGAAACAAAUCGGGCGGCACAGACUUCAGAAUAUCUGAAGACAUGGACUCCAAACGCCAGAGUGUUGUGAUGGAACGACUUGUAAAUGAGUUAGGCUCUCUGCUGAAGAUGCUGGACCACGAGACGGUCAGUCCUGCUACCGCUGAAAAAAUGGCAUCCAUACGCAACAUCCUGGACUCACUGCAGCUGUCAGUGAACGGCUCUGAUGUCUACAUGAACAGCUGUCUCUAUGGCAAUGGCACGAGCUUUGUAGAGUCUCUGUUUGAGGAUUUUGGCUGUGAUUUGCACAUGCUCAGUGCAUCUCCAGUGGAGCAGAAAGAGCACAAGGAUGAAGAGGAGAAGACUCAUCCCAAUAAAUCUACCCCAACUGACACGCCUCCUCCUCCUCCUGUGCCAACUACACCCCUUCCUGAUGACUACUAUGAAGAGGCUGUUCCUCUAGAUCCCGGAUCUACUCCUCAGUACUUUACCACCACAUCCAGGAACUCUGUGGAGGACGCCUAUUAUGAAGAUGCUGACAAUAACUACCCCACCACCAGAAUGAAUGGGCCUCCCAAAAGCUCCUACAAUGACUCAGAUGCUCUGAGUAGUUCCUACGAGUCUUACGAAGAAGAGGAAGAGGAAGCAAAGGGCCGAGACCAGCCUCAGAGAU